AUGGAUUUUGGUAUAUGCAGAGAUGGGGGGCUGGAACUAAUUCUGUAUACUGAGGGACGACUGUAUAUGUUUUUACAAUUACGCUGUAGGAUACAUACUGUUGCAUAGCCUUGAAAAUAAUAAUUUUUAAUUGAGUGGAAUAAUAAUAAUAUUGAUAAACGUAGCAGCUGGCCAGGUGUGGUGGCUCACACUGGUAAUCGCAACACUUUGGGAGGCUGAGGCAGGAGGAUGGCUUGAGGCCAAGAGUUUGUGAUAGGCCUUGGAAACAAAGGGAGUCACCAUCCCUACAGAAAAAUACAUGAAUUAGCCUAGGCUAAUUCAUGUGUGUGGUGGCAUGUUCCUGUAGUCCCAGCUACUUGGGAGGCUGAGCUGGGAGGAUCACUUGAGCCCAGGGAGGCUGAGACUGCAGUGAGUCAUGAUCAGGCCUCUGCACUCCAGCCUCAGUGACAGAGUGAGACCCUGUCUCAGAACAACAAAAAAGUAGCAGCUAACAUCAACUGACCUUUUACCAGGUGCCUAUUGAUACCAUAGUUUAAUUUUUCUUAUAACUGUUUCUUAUUUCACUUACCAACUCUGUCUUCAGUUACUCCCCAGAUUUUUACUGUGUUUGUACAGAUGACCUUUUGUUGAGAUUGAAUUGUCUCCCCAGAAGUAAGAUUACUGUGAGUCAUGGUGAAUGGACAUUCUCCUUACCCUUGAUGUAAAUGGACAAGGUUUUGGGUGCCUCCCAGCUAUAAUCUUAGCACUUUGGGAGGCUAAGACAGGAGGAUUGCUUGAGGCCAAGAGUUGGAGGAGGCAGUAUGGCAGUAUGGUGAGACCCUGUCUCUAUUAUUUUAAAAAAUUGACAAGCUUUACCCUGGAAGGCUUAUACACAAUUUAAACACCCCUCAUAGUAUAAGAAAGUGCCCAUUUCACUGCACCUUUGCCAGCACAGGGUAUUAUAAUUUAGUAAGUCAUUUUUUGUUUGAUUAUUUUAAAUAGAUAAAAGACCUCAUAUUACUUUACUUGUCACAUGUCAACAUCUUCCCUUAGCUUAUUAGCUCUAUUUCUUUUCUGUCUGUAAAUGGUUGUUGUUGUUUUGUUCUUUGAGACAGGGUCUUGCUCUGUCACCAGGCUGGACUGUAGUGGCAUAAUCAUGCCUCACUGCAGCCUUGACCUCCCAGGCUCAAACUUCAGCAUUCCGAGUAGCUGGGACUACAAGUGUGCACCACCACUCCCAGCUAAUUUUUUUCUUUUUUUGGAUAGAGACAGGGUCUCACUGUGUUGCCCAGACCGGUCUCUAGCUCCUGGCCUUAAGCAGUCCUCUGCAUUAGCUUCUCAAAUUGCUGGAAUUUCAGGCAUGAGCCACCAUGCCUGGCCUGGGCUAGUCCUAUAUUCUCUAGAGUUCUCUUUACUUUGUGCUAGCCAAUCUCUCAUUAUGCUGUUCACCUGUUAUAAUGAAUAAUUCUCUGUAUUAAAUUUUACCACUUUAAACUUUUGAGCGGUUUAUGCUUCCUGAUUGGACUCUGACUAAUAUGUUAGGAAGGGUCCCAGGAGAUAAACCCACACAGAUGGGAUUUGGGCAUAGGUUUGGUUUCCCAGGGGGCAGUGCUGAGCUCUUUGCCAGUGGGAAAUGGGAUGCUGGUGAUUUCCAGGAAGUGACCUCACAAUGACUCAAGCUACCACUUACUGUUGAUUGUGACGAAAUGCCAGCUGAGGCACAUGCCUUGGGAGCUAAGUGGUUGCUGCACUUGACCACUGUGAAGACUGGUGUGGGAAGGGUCGUUUUGGAUGCACUUGAGCAGGGGUCCCCAACCCCUGAGCCAUGGAGCCGUAAGGAGCCACACAGCAGGAGGUGGGACCAUCCAGUUGCAGGAAAACAAGCUUAACACACCCACUGAUUCUACAUUAUGCUCCUACCUCCCGGCAGCCUCUCCAGGCCCAGAACUUUCUCCAGUCAGCCUCGACAGACCAAGCUCAUGACUCAAAAUGGCCUAUUUAGGCCCAUACCCUACCUCACGGCAGUCUCCACAGAUGAGGCUACUGCCUCACAACAGCCUCCACAGGCACAGCUCCACCGUUACAAUGGCCUCUUUAGACCCAGCUCCUGCCUCCCAGCCUUCUCUCCAGGCCCUGAACUUUCUCAAGUCGACCUCUCCAGGCCCAGCUCUCCUGCAUCUUGGCAGCCUCUCCAGGCCCAGCCUCUGCCUCCCGUCAGCCUCUACAGUCCCAACAUCUGCCUCACAGCAGAUUCUUCAGGCCCAGCAUCUGCCUCACUGUGGACCACCCAAGCCAAGCUCCCAACCUUUCAGCAGCUUCUACACACCCAGCUCCUGCCACCCAGUGGCCUCUUUAGGCCAAGCUCAUGCCUCACAAGGGCCUUUCCAGGCCCAACUUUUGUCUCAUGGCAACCUUCCCUGGCCAGAUUCCUGCCUGUCUCCCAGCAGCCUAGACAGGCCCAGGUCUUGCCUCACACUGGCCUGUCUGCAUCCAGCUCUUGCCUCACGCUGGCCUCUCCAGGCCCAGUUCCUGUCCCAGGACGUCAUCUCCAGGCCCAAAACUUCCUCAAGUCAGCCUCUCUAGUCCCAACUGCUGCCUCCUGGUGGCCUAUGAAGGCCCAAAAUCUCCUCAAGUUGACCUCUCCAGGCCCAGCUCCUGCCUCCUGUCAGCAUCUACAGGCCCAACCUCUGCCUCAUGGGGGCUUCUCCAGGCCCAGCUCUUCCUCUGGGCUGAGUCUACAGGCACAACUGCUGCCUCACAACAGCCUUUUUUGGCCCAGUUCCUGUCCAGCUCACAGCGGCCAAUGUAGGCCCAAAACUUACUCAAGUCAAACUCUCCAGGCCCGCCUUCUGCUUCCCGGUGGCAUGAACAGGCCCAGCUUUGACUUGAGAACAGCCUCUGCAGGCCCUGCUCUUGCCUCCCAGGGGCUUCUCCAGGCCCAGCUCUUGCCUCAUGGCGGCUGCCCCAGGCCAAGUUUCUGCCUGCCUGCCAGCAGCCUCAACAGGCACAGCUCCUCCCUCACAGUGGCCCAUUUAGGCCCAACUCAUGACUGUCGGGCCAUUUCCAGGCCUAGUGCCUGCCUCCUGGUUGACUCUUGAAGCCCAAAACUUCCUCAAAUCAGCCUUUUGCCCAACUUCUGUCUACUGUCAGACUCUACAGGCCAGCCUCUGCCCCACAGUGGACCCUCCAGACCCAGAUGAUGUCUCACUGUGGCAUCCUCAGGUGAAGCUCCUGCCUUUCGGCAGCCUCUACGGGCCCAGCUCCUGCCUUGCAAUGGCCUCUUUAGGCCAAGCUCAUGCCCCACGGCGACUUUUCCAGGCACAGCUUUUGCCUUUUGCAGCCUGUCCAGGCCCAGAAUGUCCUUAACUCGGCAUCUCCAGGACGAGCUCAUCCUCCCAGUGCAUCUACAGGCCCGUCUCCUGCCUCACAACAACCUCCUUUGGCCCAACUCCUGCUGAGCUGCUUGGCAGCCUCUGUAGGCCACAGAGUUCUUAAAGUAAAGCUUUCCAGGCCCACCUUCGGCCUCCCGGCAGCCUCAGCAAUCAAACUAUUCCCUCACUGCGGCCACUGAAAGCCAAGUUUCUCCCUGCCUCACGGCAUCCUCUGAAAACUGAGCAUUUGCCUCACGGUGGCCUCCCCAGGCCACGAAUCUGCCUGCCUCCCAGGCAGCUGCUGCCUCACAGUGGUCUCUUUAGGCCCAGCUCAUGCUAAAAGACGGACUCUCCAGGCACAGCUCUUGCCUCCUGGCAGGCUCUGCAGGCCCAAAUUCUCCAAAAGUUGGCCUCUCCUAACUCAGCUCCUGCCUCAUGUCGGCCUACACAGGCCCAGACUCUUACCACACAGUAGACCCUCCAGGCCCACCACUUGCCUGAGCAUAGCCUCCUAAGGCCAAGCUCCUGCCUUUUGGCAGCUUCUACAGGCCCAGCUCCUGCCUCGCAAUUGCCUUUGUAGGCCAAGAUCAUGCCGCGAAGUGGCCUUUCCUAGCCUAACUUUUGCUUUUUGACGCAUACUCCAGUCCCAAAACUUCCUCCAGUCAGCCGGUCCAGGCCAAGCUCUUCCUCCCAAAGGCUUCUGCAGGCCAAAAUCAUCCUGAAGUCACCCUCUGCAGGCCCAGCUCCUGCCUCCAAGUGCUGUGUAGGCCAAGCUAAUGCCUCACAGCACACUUUCCAGGCUGAGCGUUUCCUUUUG